AGGAUGGUGUGAUGACAGGGUGAAGAUUGAGUUUUCGUGUUUGUCAGGAAAACGACAGUUCCUUUAGACAUUUCCGGAAAUUAUGUUGCCUAAGUCAGCUAGUUUGUUUGGAGGGCUUGCCGCUGUGGCUGCGGUCGGAGCCUACAUAUUUUGGGGGCCCUCUCAGAAUAAGAAAUCUCGACGAAAGGACCUGUGUCCUGGUAUAGAGAACCUAGGGAACACCUGUUUCCUGAAUGCUGUGUUACAGGCCCUGGCGCCGUGUAGAGAGGUUGGGUCAUGGCUGUCUAACCUGUUGUCUCCAAAAUCCAACAGACAUGAGCCAUUUCUAGCUUCGGCUGUCCACAGAAUGCUAAAAGGUCUGAACAAUGAGGGUGAAGCCAGCGAGGGAAGUUUGAGCCCAGGAGAGGUGCUACAAGCUCUCAGACAGAAACGAUGGGUGAUAUCCACAGAUGAGCAGGAUGCUCAUGAGCUCUUUUAUGUACUGACUCAGACACUGGAUGAAGAGGCCAGCAAAUACCCAUCAGUUGUCUCCCUUUUUGAUCUUCAGACUCUGCAGGACCCGAGUCUGAAGUUCCAGUCCCAGAAGGAGGCCUGUACGAGAAGCCGAAGCCCUCUGCCCGUCUUACCCUCCCGCCACAGCGACCUGCCCUUCAGAGGUCUCCUGGCUAGCCAGCUUCAGUGUACUCAGUGCGGGCACAAAUACCCUGUUCGCUAUGACCUCUGUGACAGUUUGUCCCUCUCCAUACCAACUAACUCUUGGGGCUCUUUGACACUGGACAGACUGUUACAGCAUUUCAUUGGCUCAGAGACUGUCAGCCAGGUGGAGUGUGAGGGGUGUGGUGAGUCUGGGGGCAUGGUUAGACAAGCUGUCAAACGUGACCUUCCCAAAUCUACAUUCAGGAAGAAACUCACCAUAGGAAAGCUGCCCAAGUGCCUGUGUCUUCACAUCCAGCGUAUGGUCUGGCUGGACAAUGGCAUGCCCGUCAAGCGUUAUGAGAGGAUACUGUUUCCCGAGUACUUCCAGAUGGAUAACUACAUCUACUGUAAAAACUCCCAGGGCCCCACGGGUAACAGGUUGUGUGGGGGGCGCGACCUGUUCGGUGUAGCAAGAUCUCGCAGUAACCUGAUGGGAGAUGUGGGAUCAGCUGCUGCUGUUAAUUUGUUACGGACAUUAAACUUCCAGUCUAGCACUACACAGAAUGGCUUCUUCCUUCAACCUCCCAAUCCAUCUCUGUACCCCAACAUCCACGCAGAUGUCAAUCAAAACAGUCCGGCCACGCCCACCGUGAUGUCAGCUGAUCACAACUACCGACUGAUGGCCGUUGUGGUGCAUUAUGGGGAUAUUUUCUCUGGACACUUUGUGACGUAUCGCCGCAGCCCGUGUUUGCAGCCAGGCGAGAAGUUCAGUAAGAAAUGGAUUUACACAUCAGACACACAGGUCAAGCGGGCGAGCUUAGAGGAAGUUUUAGCCAGUGAGGCGUACAUGCUGUUCUACGAGAAAGUCUGAUCUGCAAUAUUAAUAUUUAGAGGACAAGCAAAGAUCAGCUGCUCUUAAUGCGUAAAUGUGUGUUUUGUGUGUGUAUAUGCGUGUGUGACUUUGCAGUAUUACAAACAUGCUUAAAGGGAUACAAAAUCGAUUCUGAUUGGCUGAUGUGAGAGACAGGCAAGCCCAAGCCAUGCUAAGUCUAGGCUGAAUUUUAGGUACGUUUAUUCAGACAUGAUCAAGGCUUCUGGAUUUAACCCAUGGAACCCUAUCUCCACUGUCAGCCAAUCAGCAUCGAUUCUGCUCACCUUUGAGGGAGAGGAAAGUUGGCAUUUGGUGGUCAAACCACAUUAGACUGGUUUUUUUAUGACUUGGAAAAAUGGAUAAGGAGUUGAUUACUUUUUGUGGUAGAAAGGACUGAGAGGAAAGUAAGGAUCGUAAUGUUGGGUAUUAGACUAAGCGAAUAUGCUGCUUUUAGAGACAAGAUGAUUCAGACAUGUGAGGUGUUAAUAGUGAAUAGAGAGAGCAUUUUUAAAGUGAAUAAGGGAAUCUUAUCAUCUCAGUUUGUUAUCCAUAUCAAUACUGAAAAACUGAAAGUAGAUGUUUUCAAUUUGCAAGAAGAGAAGAGAAAGCCUGUGGUUUAAUGGAAACCCAGUCACAAAAAAUGAAUGAACUACCGGUAGUCGUUGCUUUUUAUGUGUGAACUAACUUAAGCUUUUGAUGGAGAGAUGGAAAACUUGAUCACAGUUCCUAUAUGGCGAUGCUUAUAUGCUUUUUGUUACGUUCUCAUUAGCCGACAUCUACAGUGAGCUCAGACCCCAGGUUUGCAUAUAAUUAGCACCCAUUGCAUGUGCCAUUUGUCGGGUUUGCACCAUGCGUCAUUCAAGAUGUGAAGAUGAAUAUCUACAGUUUUGUGGAGGGACACGGCAGACCUCAUGCUAAGCUGGGAAUGUUCGAAUGAGAGUCUCCAAGAGAGAAGAAGACGUUUUAUUUGAGAUGUGGUAAAGAGAUGUUCUUAAUGAGUAGUGGGUGUUUUAAGUACAAGCUGAUAGGGUUGAAAGGAUAAAAUACGACAUAUUUGAACCUAGGACUUCCAUUGGUUGUAAUGCUUCAAAUUAUAAAAAAAUAGUUAAUGUGCAUUGUGUCAAAUUUGAAAUUAGGAAUUGUAAAACGACCCACAUCUACAUGGGUAGGGAUGCUCCUUCAAAAGGCUAUCAGUUUUACUUUCUCGCUAAACCCACUGUGUGCCAAACGUUUAUAGUUGUUAAUUUUAUCAUAUUUAAUUGUAAAGGAUUACCAGAAUUAAUAUAGGUGUGUUUCUUACUAAUUAACAAAGUUCUAAUAAUUAUUUAGCCAUGGAUUCGCAUGUCAAAGCAUUUUAUUUUUAGGGAAACUGCUUUAGCAGAAAUGUGUUAGUUGUGUAACUUUUUUUAAAGAAAACAUCGCGUCCUUGCCACAGAAGUUAACAGUUACACACACCAUCAGAAUUAAGGGAUAGCAAAAAUAAGGGUUUAUUUACAACAGUAUAUAAGGGUAAAUCUGUUAUGCAUUAUCUGUUUCACCUAUAAAGAUAAUUUAAAGGCCGGCAAACAGACAUUACCUAAGAAACUGGAGGAAAGUUUGGUUCCUAAUGGCUUUUGUGGGGGGAAAUUACCACCAAAAAUGCAAGGGCUUAAACUGUAAAAUUCAGUUGUAUAACUAUACAUCAUACAAACUAGGCCACAUUUUAGUACAAACGGAAUAGCGAUGACUUCAUCAAGGAAAGGACAUAUUUUGAUGUGUUCGUAGGCUGUAUGGCAUUUGUUGACCAAAGUGUAAUAUACUGGGGGCUGUUUAAAGUCUUAGAGGGGUCGUAAUGUUAGGCCGGUCCCUAAUACCAAUGUGGCGCAUGCCGUCAGUAUGUGACGUCAUGGCUCCGGGAUCACGUAGCGAUCCCUGACUAAAGUAAAAAAGUCAGUCAUGAAAUUUGGUAUAUUCCUUUGCGUUAUCGUAGCUGAAAUUUUUUGUACAAUAACUUACCCAGAAUUUACUUUGUCAGGCACAAUGUUCACCGUCUAACAAGAAACAGCAAUUUUAAAUUUUGACUUAGGCCUGGGAUUAAUCCCGGCUUAAGACUAAGAUCACAUGGUGAUUAGGCCGUCAGCACCCUACAACAACUUUAAGAAAGGACCCCAUUUGUUGUUAGCUUGUCGAUUUAAAUAUGAAACGUAUCAGCGUCGAAUGUAGACGUACGAUGUAUGUAUAAUAUAGCAGAUGUCGUUUUGAACGAUUAUAUCGUGACAUGCGUAGUGUCAGGUUCUAUGUGAUAUUGGUGUUGACGAUGAAACUAUUUUUUAAGAAAAGUGUAAAAACAAAAUGUUCGAUUUGAUAGCUGAUAAGAUGUAUUUAUUUAUAUUCCCGCAAGUAAACAUUUUGCUUUGCUGACAACUGA